AUGGCCCCCUACAGGAACGAUUUCUCGCUCGCCGACAAGGUGGCCCUGGUGUCAGGUGGUCAUCGCGGGAUCGGUCUUGAGGGCGCGCUCGCUUUGAGUGAAGCAGGUGCACGAGCGGUUUACUGCGUAGAUAUCCCCGUCGCACCCGGGGAUGAAUGGUCCAGGGUGCAAGAGUACGUAUCCCACUUGCGCGGGCCGGACGGAGAGACGAGGCGCUUGGAGUACAUCUGCGGAGACACCCGCGACCAGGAGCAGAUGUGGCAAAUCGGCAAGACAAUCGGAGACAGGGAGGGUCGUAUGGACGUCUGCUUCGCUGCGGCCGGGAUAUCGGGCGAAUUGACGAAAACCUUGCACAUUCCGGAGGAGCGCUUCCAGGAGGCGAGUCGGACCACCGUGCUGGACGUCAAUUUGAAGGGUGUACUGUACACCGCCCAGGCUGCCGGCCAACAGAUGGAGCGAUUCGACAGCGGAGGAAGCAUCGUCAUGGUGGGAAGCAUUGGAGGCACGAUCACUGGGAACUUCGGAAUGACGUCCUACGAGGCGUCCAAGGGCGGCGUGUUGCAGCUAGCACGGAGUCUCGCAUGCGAGAUUGCCCCGAAACGCAUUCGCGUGAACAGCAUCAGCCCCGGGGUGACCAGGACCGCUAUGGUGGAGAGUGCGUGCACAGGGAUCCCCCACCUGCUCGAGAUGUUGGUGAACAGGAUCCCGAUGAAACGCAUCUGUUCCCCCCACGAAAUGGGUGGCACCCUGGUGUGGCUUGCCAGCGAUGCGAGCUCCUUUGUCACUGGUACCAACAUUGUUGUGGACGGCGGCUACUGCGCGUGCUGA